UAGUUAUAAGAACCAACGGAUAUAAGGAUGAGUGAUAAUAUAGUGGGCAUUGAAUACAACAGAGUUACUAACACCAGUUCCACUGAUUUCCCAGGCCAUUCUGCCAAUGGGGAUUUUUCUUGGGAUAUAGAAAAAUUCAAAGAUAGUUUUGAUAUUCAAAUCUCAUAUAUUACUGAAAGAACUGCUAAUUUUGAUUUAGUUAAUAUAGAUACAUCUAUUGCCAAUGCAUUCCGUCGUGUUAUGAUUGCCGAAGUUCCUUCAGUUGCAGCUGAAGCUGUCUAUAUGUUUAUGAAUACUUCUGUUAUACAAGAUGAAGUAUUAGCUCAUAGAAUUGGUUUAAUUCCAUUAAAAGUUGAUCCUGAUUUAUUAAAUUGGGUUGAUAAAACUUUAGAUGAAAAUGAACGUUAUACUGAAGAAAAUACUGUAGUAUUAUCUUUAGAUGUUGUUUGUACUAAAAAUUCUCAUGCUCCAAAGAAUUCAACAAAUCCAAAAGAAUUAUAUAAAAAUGCUCAUAUUUAUGCUAAAGAUUUAAAAUUUGAACCUCAAGGUGGUCAAGCUGAAAGAUUUAAAAUUAAACCAGUUGCUGCUGAUCCAGAUAUUUUAUUAGCUAAAUUAAGACCAGGUCAAGAAAUUUCAUUAAGAGCUCACUGUAUAUUAGGAAUUGGAAGUGAUCAUGCUAAAUUUUCACCAGUUGCUACUGCAUCUUAUAGAUUAAUGCCAGUUAUUAACAUUACUGAACCAAUUAGAGGUGAUUCAGCUAAAAGAUUUCAAAAAUGUUUCCCAUCAGGAGUUAUUGGAAUUAAUAAAAAUGGUGAAGCUUAUGUUAAAGAUGCUAGAAAGGAUACUGUAUCAAGAGAAGUAUUAAGACAUGAAGAAUUUAAUGGUAAAGUUAAAUUAGGUAGAAAGAGAGAUCAUUUCAUUUUUAAUGUCGAAUCUACCGGAGCCAUGUCUCCAGAAGAGAUUUUCUUUAAAUCAGUUAGAGUUUUAAAGAAUAAAGCUCAAUAUUUGAGAAACUGUCCUAUUGGUCAAUAGAUAAUUCCAACAUUUUCUCUUACUUGUAUAUUAUGUAUUCACUAGAAUAAACCAAACCAUUUGCAUUAAUUAAUAUCCUGUAGAAAUAAUUAAAUUUAUUGGGUGGUUUGCAGCAAUUGAGGGUCUCACAAGAAAAACUUUAGCGACUACUAAUUCCGCGAAGCGAUGCAACCGCCGCCUGCUUAGCUAACACUCAGCCACGACAUAUACAUAACAUAUACACAUUACAUACAUACAUACACUAUCAUAUCUAUGUAUAUAUCUCUAUGGAUAUGUAUAUAUCCUAUACACUCUAGAACAGCCAUAUAUAUACAUAGUAUAACCGACAUACUACUGUGUAAUAUUAGAUAAUAGCAGCACAAUUGCCCAAACAGGAAAUAAAGCACACCCACAAAUUAACCCAUUGCAAAUCUGCUAGCGAGCCUCAUCACGCAAAAAUCUGAAAAAACGAUAAUACCGAAAAACUAUAAUUCACUGUAAUUACACAUAAAUUCG